CAGCUUGGCUCCAAGCCAGCCCAGCGGCAGGCUCAGCAGGUCCCAGGGGCGUGGCAGUGGCCAGUAGUAGAGCCGGCCCACACCGGCUAGGCAGGCAGCACAGUCCCCUGGACGGCUGAGCGUGCAGCUGCAGGAGCUUCUGUGGGAGUACAGUCAUGAGCGUUUUGCUGUACUAUGCCCUCCCUGCCCUGGGCAGCUAUGCCAUGCUCUCCAUCUUCUUCCUGCGCCGGCCUCACCUGCUGCACACGCCCCGGGCUCCCACCUUCCGCAUCCGCCUGGGGGCCCACCGAGGAGGAUCUGGAGAGCUGCUGGAGAACACCAUGGAGGCCAUGGAGAACUCCAUGGCCCAGCGCUCGGACCUCCUGGAGCUCGACUGUCAGCUAACACGGGACAGAGUGGUGGUGGUGUCACACGAUGAGAACCUGUGCCGCCAGUCGGGCCUGAACAGGGAUGUGGGCAGCCUGGACUUCGAGGACCUGCCCCUCUACAAGGAGAAGCUGGAGGUUUACUUCUCUCCAGGCCACUUUGCUCACGGGUCAGACCGGCGCAUGGUUCGUCUGGAGGACCUGUUCCAGAGGUUUCCAAGGACACCCAUGAGCGUGGAGAUCAAAGAGAAGAACGAAGAGCUCAUCCGUGAGAUAGCAGGCUUGGUGAGACGCUAUGACCGUAAUGAAAUCACCAUCUGGGCCUCGGAGAAGAGCUCGGUCAUGAAGAAAUGCAAGGCUGCCAACCCUGAGAUGCCCCUGUCCUUCACAAUAAGGCAAGGAUUCUGGGUGCUGCUUUCCUACUACCUGGGGCUGCUGCCCUUCAUUCCAAUCCCUGAGAAAUUCUUCUUCUGCUUCCUGCCCAACAUCAUCAACAGGACCUAUUUCCCAUUUUCCUGCUCUUGCCUGAACCAGCUGUUGGCUGUGGUUUCGAAAUGGCUGAUCAUGAGGAAGAGUCUGAUCCGACACUUGGAGGAGCGAGGGGUGCAGGUGGUCUUUUGGUGCCUUAAUGAAGAGUCGGAUUUUGAAGCAGCCUUCAGCGUGGGAGCCACUGGCGUCAUAACAGAUUAUCCCACAGCCCUGCGGCAAUACCUGGACAACCAUGGACCAGCUGCCCGGACCUCCUAAGUCCAGAAGCCUCAAGCUCUCCUGUUUCUCUUCCUGAAAAAUAAAUAUUUGCCUUUCGAUCA